AAGAUCGGGGUAAUAUGGCAGCUGCAGUUCCAAGCCCAUCUGAAAGGAGGUGCUCAUGAGAUGAGCAGUCAACAUUUUUUUUCUGCCAGCUAAGUUUAAACCCAAGAAGAGUGUAAUUCAAUCGUCUGUGUGAUGUUUGCUUCCCCACGCAUUUCAGUGGUUCAUUCCUCAACAUCCGACUGUUUUCUCAACUGUUGCUAGAUUACCACUCAGAACCAGGAUGUACAAUACUGUAUGAAUGGGAGGCAACAAUAGCUUGGAAUGUUCCAUUCCAGAUCCUUACAGGGGAGGGACAUCACUUCCAAUAAAAUGUUAUGCACAAAAAUAAUUUUAUCUAGCGCAAAGUGCAAGUCUAAAAAAUGCAAGGAGUCUUAAACAAAUUGACCAAAUAAAAAUACAAUAGCUUUGUAAAAUAUUCUUCCGCCUACAGAAGUAUUCUCUAUAAUACUACAGUACUACCUUAAAACACUUUUUGAACUCCAUGGACUAUCCCAUUUUGUACCACAAAGUAUUUUAUAUAAUUCAUGUACAUGAAGGUCCCUUCAAGUUUGUUGUACAAAAUGCUGCAGUUGAUAAGUAUGUUAAGGUUGUUGGUGCUUGUGUAUUGUUUGUGUAAUCUCAUGACACUAGGUGACAGUGACACCUGUGGUCUGUGCUGUGAUGAUGUGGUGUCACCUCCCAUUGCCUAUGCCCUCAUGCAAGGACCAAAAGGUGACCCUGGUCCACAGGGAGACAAAGGGGAAGCAGGUGAUACAGGUGAUAUAGGACCACCUGGGGAUCAAGGUGACACAGGCCCACCUGGUCCGCCAGGGGUCAAAGGUGACAAAGGGGAAAAGGGAGACCCCUCUCCAGCUCCCCAAAAAGCAGUCUUUUCCGUUGCUCGGAGCAACCCGCUUCUAGGACGGAACGAGUCCCAUCAGCGAAUCACCUUCGACAAGGUGUUUGUGAACUUUGCUAAGGACUUCUCCCCAGAUGAAGGGCUGUUCCGCUGCAGGGUUGCAGGGAUCUACUACUUUGUGUACACGGUCCAGUCUUAUUUUGAGAAGUUCAUGGGGGUGCAGUUGAUGCGGGGGGAGGAGAGUCAGGUGACGUUGUACGCCAACGCCGUGCCGCGGCGCAUCAUGCAGAGUCAGAGCGUGGUGUUGGAACUGAAGCGGGGAGACACCGUGUGGCUCAGGCUCCACCGGGGGGAGAGGUUUGCUAUCUACGGUAACAUCGACAGACAGAUUACGUUCAAUGGCUUUCUGCUGUACCCAGAGGAAUGAUGUCUGUUUAUAUAAUGGAAGCAUCAUAUGCAACAACUCCCGAUGCAUCUGGGUCUCUCAUUACAGAUAACACAAUUUUCUAUUUAGAUAUUGUAUCAAGUAGGUUGUUUUCAAAUGACAGAAAAUAUUUUAUGUCAUUUCAAAAGCACAUUUGACCAGAUACCAACGAACCUGAAGCGGUUAGAGAGACAACAACAACAAGAGAAUGAAUGUAAUUGGGAUACUAUAUACAAACAGGAAUCCUACCAAUAGAAGGUAUUAUUGCUAUGUGUUCAUAAGGCAUAAAUGUUGAAGAUGCUAUACCCGGUCAUUCUCAAG